AUGAAACUGCAGUCCCCCUUUUGCGAUGGAGCAGCAGGAAGCAAGAUAAUUGUGACAACGCGUGAUGCAGAAGUUUCAAAAAUGAUGGGAGCUGGCACUCUAGUUCAUAAUUUGGAGCCUAUGUCAAAUGACGUUUGUUUUCAAGUAUUUGAGCAGCAUGCAUUCAGGAAUGUUAACAGAGAUAUACCACCAAAUUUCGAGUCACUGAAGGAGAAAAUUAUUGCAAGAUGCAGUGGAUUGCCUUUGGCUGGUGAGCAGCAAUUGAUUCUUCUGUGGAUGGCAGAGGGUUUGAUUCAACCACAACCAGAACAUAAUAAGCAAAUGGAAGAUUUAGGAGCUGACUAUUUUCAGGAGCUCUUAUCGAGGUCAUUAUUUCAGAAAUCAAGCCAAAACAAUUCAAAAUAUGUAAUGCAUGACCUCGUUGUUGGUUUGGCACAGUGGGCAGCAGGAGAUAUUUGUUUUAGAUUGGAGGAUAAGCAGAAUAGCGAUCAUGUACAGCUUGGAUGUUUUACGAAGGCCCGCCAUGCGUCCUACAUUUCUGGUAAGUAUGACAUGGUUCAAAGAUUUGAGGCAUUUUCUGAAGUGAAACAUUUGCGCACCUUCCUACCACUUUCAGUUGAUUAUCCUUCAAAUUAUCUAAGUCGUAAGGUUACUUUUGAUUUAUUGCCAAAAUUGCAAUACUUGAGGGUGCUUUCUUUCAAUGGCUAUCAAGUAACUGAGCUGCCAAAUUCAAUUGGUAAAUUGAAGUAUCUGCGGUAUCUUGAUCUUUCUCGCACAGAGAUAAGGAGUUUGCCAGAAUCAACGACCACUCUUUACAACUUACAGACAUUGAUAUUGCAAGGUUGUGAAUAUUUGAAGGCGCUACCCAUAAACUUGAGGAAUCUAGUGAAUCUGCGUCAUCUCAACAAUUCAAAUGUAGGUUCACUAAAAGCAAUGCCUCCCCAACUAGGUCGAUUGACGAAUCUACAAUCUUUGCCUAAUUUUGUGGUGGGGUAUAAGAGAGAUAGGGUCCCUAUUCCAUCUCCGAGGGACAUUGCGGCUCUCAAGAUUAGAGAAUGUGAUCGAUGCUAA